AAUUCAGAAUAUGAAUAAAUUAGCAUUUUUAGGUUGUCUAGCAAUAGCAGGAAUAGGUUAUUAUUUGAUUAAUGAAAAUGAUAAAAAGUAAAGUUGUAAUAAAUUAGAGGACAGAAAAAAUGAUUGAAAAAGGUUUGUUAAUAAAGAUACUAAAAGAGCUUUAAAAAGAAUAUUAUCCUGCAUGGGAGAGAAUGAUAGAAUAUGGAAAACAGUAGUUUUAUGUUUAAAAUAAAAAUGGAUAAUAAAAGGAAGAAUUGAGAAAUGUGAUUGAAUCAAAGUUUCAAAAUGUAAUUGAAAAAAUUGAAUAACGAGUAUUUAUUAAGUAUGAAGUAUCAAAAGAGGAAGUAAAUUACAAUUGUAAUAAUAUAUAUAAAAAUGAUAAUGAAAUAUUGGGAUUAGUGAAUUAUAUAAAUUUAGGAUUUGAGUAAGCAAUAAAAUUGGAAUUAAAUUUACCAUAAAAUUAAGAAUUACCUGAUUUUAUUAAUGAAGAUUUAAUAUUGAAGACUUAAAAUAAAAUAUUGAUAAGUAGUGCAAAAUUGUUUAAUGAGAAAAUAAGAGAAUAUAAAGAAAAGAAUAAUGGUUAAUAAGUGAUAAAACAUUCAUAAGCAUUUUAAUAGAUAUUAUAAGAUCUAAAAUGGGAGAGUAAAAAGUAUAAUAAUAAUAAAUUUAGAGAGGAGAUUUUGAAAUAAAAUGGAUUUGGAUAACAAGAGGAAGCAAGUUCAAAAUAAUAUUUAGAUGCAAUAAAGGUCUAUUCACAGAAUAGAUAAUUUAAAUAGAAAUUAGUAUAAUUAAAUGAAAGAUAUGAUAAAAUAAUGAGUGAAAUUUUAGAUAAAGGACCAAUAAAAGAAGAUGAAAUAGAUUAAAUGUUAAAAUAUUGA